AUGCCUGAAAAGUUUAACCCUGAUAAAGUUGUCCUUGCAACUUAUAAAUCUGAUAAACCACCUGCUCCAAAACCUUUAUCACCACCAAAAUUAACAACUUUAGAAAGAGUUGGUAGACCAUUAAGACAUGUUCAAUAUAUCCCAACAAAACAAUUAGUUUUCUUCUCAAAAUUUAAAGAUCCAACAUUCACUUAUGAUAUUAAGUAUAAAUUACCAAUAAAAUCAAAUAAUGUGGUUAUAAAGAUCAAAGCUGUUGGUUUAAAUCCUGUUGAUUUGAAAAUUAAAAACUCUUAUACUUCAAAUUUUAAUUAUGAAAGAGGUAUUGGUCGUGAAUAUUCUGGUGUUGUUGUUGAAGCUGGUAAGAAAUACAAGGAUCAAUUCAAAGAAGGUGAUGAAGUUUGUGGGAUAUAUUUCCAUCCAAAUUCCCUUGGAACCAUUUCAUCAGAUAUUCAAAUCGAUCCAAGUGUUGAUCCAAUCAUCUCUAAACCAAAAGAAUUGAGUUGGGAAAAAUCUGGUAGUUGGUUAUAUACAUUUGGUACUGCAUUCCAAUUAUUGAAAAAUGCGGAAAAACAAUUAUCAAAAGAUUCAGUUGUAUUAAUUAAUGGUGGUUCUUCAAGUGUUGGUUUAAUGUGUAUUCAAAUUUUAAAACAUUAUUAUAAAGUUGAAGAUAUUGCAGUAAUUUGUUCAGGUUCAGCUAUAAAAUUAGUCAAAGAAACUGGUGCUAAAUUAGCUAUAAAUUAUAAAGUUAACAAUAACUUACCAAAAGUUUUACAAGUCUUGAGUACAACUGGUGUUUAUAAAGAUUAUGAUGAAUCUGGGAAUAUAUUUGAAAGUCGUGCAAUUCCUGCCAAAAAAUUUGAUUUGAUUGUUGAUACUGUUGGUGGUUAUGAUAUCUUGGAGAAAACUUCUGAUUAUUUAGCUAAAGGAGGUUAUUAUAUAACAACAGUUGGUGAUUAUAAAUCAGAUUAUACAAAAGAUUUAUAUAAUGCAUGGAAUAAUCCUGCAAUGAAUGCUCGUUCAUUAUUUGGUUCAGUUUGGAGUAUGACUUAUGUUCCAUUUUAUUUCAAUCCAAAACCAAAUGAUGAAUGGUUACAAAUUGGUGUUGAUAUGUUGGAAUCUGGUGAAUUGGAUGUUAAAAUUGAUUCUAUUUAUGAUUGGCAAGAUUAUAAAAAGGCUGAAAAUAGAUUAAAAUUAGGUCAUGCUCAUGGUAAAGUUAUUUUGAAUAAUUUUAAUUUUUAA